UUUUCUUUACCAUCACCUUUACACCACAGGGCAGAUUCUGUCAUGGAAUUGUCAAAAAUGUCAGACAUGACAAAGCUCCAUCAGGCCGUGGCAGCAGGCGACUACAAUUCAGUGAAGAAGAUUUUGAAGAAAGGUCUCUGUGACCCAAACUACAAGGAUGUGGACUGGAGCGACAGGACGCCACUCCACUGGGCGGCGAUCAGAGGGCAAAUGGAGGUGCUACAUCUCCUGAUACAAUAUGGAGCCAGACCCUGCUUGGUAACUGACGUGGGCUGGACCGCAGCUCACUUUGCGGCUGAGUCCGGCCAUCUGAACGUCCUCAAGACUCUCCACGCACUGCCCUCUGCCAUUGAUGCUGCCGACUUCUUCGGAGAUACACCCAAGAGGAUCGCACAGAUCUACGGGCAGAAAGCCUGUGUGGACUUCCUGGAGAAGGCAGAACGGGAAUGCCGGGACCACCGCCAGAGAGGGCUGUUGCUUGAUGAACAGGACCCAGACUGGGACCUCAAGAAAAGGGAGCUAGAGCUGUCUCUUCCGGCCCCGGAUCCAAACACCAACAAAAAGAGUAAGAAAAUCCGAGGCUCCACCAAGCUCAGCCAUUCCAAGGCCUGGAGGUUAUGAGAAGGGAAGCCUCAGGACAGACUCGGGCAGACCUAGGACCCAGCACGGAGCCAGAGUUGUUGCUAGGCUUCCUCGUCUUCACGGGAUUUGACUCAGUCACCCUUACCCAGGCUUCUACAGAAAGUCACAGCGAACCAUUCAGCUGGAAAGUCUGCAGUGUUCUAUCAGAGCCAGUGUCUCUGUGCCAAAACCUGAAAGCGUAAAGCUAAACCCAGAAGUUUGACCCUGAGUGGACCUAGCAGCCUACAGCCAAAGGCUGCUUAC